AUGUUAGGCAUCAGCAAGAAACCGGGCCCUCCGGUGCCACCGCGCCCAAGUGCAGCGGCAGUGGCGACAGCCCUCGCUAAGCAGCGAGAAAAUUCACCCUCGCCGACGACCCUGUCCGGAAAAUCAUCGGCCAUCGCAGGCGGUAUGGCGACGCUGAAGCCAGCGCAUCCAGGCCGUACCGUGAUUUACAAGUCUCCCGACUUCAGUCAACCGGGUAAAACCCCAACCCAUCUAUCUUCAUUCGGGAAGAUGGGAUCAUCGUCGUCGGAUUCACCAAUUCCUCAGCGAGAGACGACAGUGAACCAUCACGACACAUCAAGCGUUGGUGAAGGACAAGGAACCGAUUCUGGUAGAAGUAACAGGAGUCCACUACCAAUGGAACGUCACAUUGGCGUUGGGAAGAUACCGUCAGCCUCCAACGGCGUUAUGUAUCGUUCCACCUGUAGCAUAGUGGAGAUAAAUACGUCCAGUUCUGGAUCCAGUUCGGCUUCCACCUCGCCAGUGGCCACACUGCAGAAACCGGCGGAGCAAAAGUCCAAGUCUAAGGUGGUGGAGUCGCAGGUGACGCUGCCCGUGGCUCGGAGGCGCACACGUCCCGGAGAGACACCACUACAGACCGAAGGCCAGAACGGAACCGGGGAUGUGAUUAUCGUGAAUGGCACGAACGGUACCAGUACCAUAAGCUUGUCGCGUGGAUCUCUCAAGGAUGAGGUUGGUAGUAAGGGCCUUUCCGGUGCGAGCAUUGGCAUCGAGUUCCAUGACAGUGGCACCGAGCGGGGCGAUAGUUCCGGUUCUUCGGCAUCGGCUGGAAGUACGCUCGAGCGGGAGAACAACCUUAGGAAUCUCGAAAGCAACGCCAAGAGUAGUCACUUUACGGAAAUCAUCAUCGGGUCGAAUCAAAGCAGCACGGUGGUGCGGAGUGGCAGCAAACCGAACGUCGCUGCACGAAUGGUGGAAGCCGGAGCGGUUCCAACUUCCAACGGUACGAAUGUGAUACGAUCGAAUUCGAUACGGCUUCCGCUCGCCGUACCGUCGUACCAUCGCCCGGAACCGGAAGGUGGUGAGCAUGUGCUUCCGUCCAGCGACAACCGAGCACCGGCUUUGGGGGCCGGAAACGUUUCCCUUCUGGAAGCCGCGUCCCGCCCGUCGACCAAGAAGACGACCCUUGAUCCCGCCACGCUUGAUUCGAAGCUGAGCGAAAAGAAGUUUGCCUUUCACGAGCUGCUUAUCUCCGAGUUGACCGCCAUGCGCCAGAAGCAGCAGCAGCAACAGGAGAAGGAGGAUGAGCAAAAGCGGGCUUCGAAGGAACAUCAAGAACAUACACAUGGCCAAUCGUUGGACGCCGCGGUGCAGCAACGGAGCGAACAAAAGUCGGCAGAUAAUGGCGAGUCCGAGCGGGCCCAACACAACGGCAGUCCUGCGGUCGAUUUGGCAAAGAUUAACCGGCGCCAGCGAUUCCCCUCGGAGCGCCGGUCUUCCUGCAGCGAGUCGGAAGCGUCUCCCAACGGAACGGCGGCUCGGAUGCCGAAAAUUCGCACCGCCGACUGGAUCGAGGUGGGCGAUAACGGCAAGCAGGUGGUCCUGUCCAGCUGCCAGAUAAGCCUGGAGGACUCGGGCAUGGAGGACGAAGAGAAGCUGGACGACGCGUCGUCCGGCGUUGGCGAUUCGUGGGACAGCGUCAAGGAAGAUGUAGAGGAACGCAUCAUAAUGUCGCUUCCCGGAUUGCCACCAUUGCCCAAAAGCCUGAGCGGUUUCGAUCUCGCCGGUAUACAGUUCCAGUCGCACCAUCACCAUCUGGCCCCACACCACCAUCACCAACCCCACCAUCCCCCUUCGGCCCAGCAUAGUAAUCCGCACUAUCCGCCGCGGCAUCCUCCGGCCCAUCAUCAGCAAUCGACGCCAUCGACACACCAGUCCCAUCUCCAUCAACAGCAGUCCUUCCACGCCUCCGCCCUGCCGCCACCGUCCCCUCAGAUGCCCGUCAACCAUCACCACACGAACCCGUUCAUCCCGAUCGGUCCGUCCAGUAUGCUGCUCCACGGUGCCGGGGCCGGUGGUGGUGCGGGAGGUAGCCUCGAGGGUCAGCAGCAGCAGCAGCGUGGCCAUUCGCCGGUCAGCAGUACCCUGUCCGGUGGCCGGAAGGCAUCCCCACAGCCACCGCAACAGUCGACGGCAGCAACGACGACGACCUUGGACACCCAGUUGGCCAUACUGCGGCGCGAAAUGUACGGCCUCCGGCAACUGGACCUGUCGUUACUUUCGCAACUGUGGGCCCUAAACGAAUCCAUCCAAGAGUUCCGCACGAUGCUCCAGGAACAGGAAACACUUUCACCGCCCUCACCGUCGCCCUCCAACUCGGACGCCAACUCCGUCUCAUCCGAUGACGAUCUCGACGAAGAAGACUCGUCGGCGACCACCAACAGCACCAACCGUAUCAGCCAGCAGCUCCUCCAGCAGCAGCAGCAGCAGCAACAUCAACAGCAGCAGCAGCAGGCACAGCACCUACUUCUGUCCGCCCAUCAUGCCCUGCAGUCGUCCACCCAUAGUAUCGUCGGUGGCAGUGGUGCAAGCAACACGUCCGGCAGUGGAGGAGGCAACGCCAACGAAUCCGGUGGCUCCACCACGACGACCCUCUCGUCGUCGGCAUCGUCCCGCAUGAGGGCGCCACCGCCACCGCCACCAAACCGGAAGGCACCUUCGCGGCCCGUCUAGAUAGAUGGUGGACAGGACAUUCACGAUCCCCAGUCAGCGAUUGUUUUUUGUCGAUCCUCCGUAAGGGAAAGAGAGUUCGCGAGAUUUCAAGAAGGACAUCGGCAUCGAAGUUGAAUACAAGCAGCAGCAUGAGGGUAGAAGCGAAUGGGAUAAUAAUUCAAUACGUGGACUGUUGGGGCCGGGGGAGCGUAUGAAGCGAUAGGCGAUCGUUAAAGAAACCAAAAGUCACAUUAAAUAAAACUAUAAGCUAAGCAGAUGAAGACUAUUUGAGGAGGUGUUGAAACGGAUGAAUCGAUAGGGAAGAACAAGCCAAGAACAGUAAACGGCGACAGUUUUGUUUGUCCGGUGUUAGCGUGCGUUAAGGAUAUAAUAUGGAACAGACGUGUAAGGGACGAGACCGUUAAAGAGUGCCGUUUAAAGGCAGGAAAGGAAAGGCAGGUUUGUUUUGAAAUUCAUGUUCAAAAUUUAGUUUUCUCUCUUGCCCCACAGGGGGGGAACGCAAGUGCUAAAAGUAUUGCCCGAUUUUUUCUCAUUAGUGUACGGCAUGUGUUAGUCGAUCCUGGGGGGCGAUAUGUUUCUGAUUCACUUUAAAAUUUAGUUUGAGAAAACGGUAGGAAGAUGAUCCAGGCUUGAUUGUAUCAACAAAAUUACAACACACGAAUGCUUGAAGGAAGAACGGCAAUCGAAUCGAGUUUCCCCGUUGCGGGGACAAGUGAUCGGCUAUUCAGUAGCUUCGAACGUCCGUGCAGUGAGUGCUACGAACAAAGAAAAUAUCUCUAGCUGUAACACGAAAAAAGGUUCUUUGCUCUGUACAUACUAAUUUGCAACUAAAUAAUGUUCCCAAACCUAGUAAUAAUAUGAAACGAUCCAAUAAAACUAAAA